AUGACCGUUAGCAGACCUCUGGUGAUCAACCACGGUUCCAUCGAAACAACAAUUUUAACUCCUCAAGAGGAUUAUCUUUUCUAUCAGCAGCUGACUGCAGGUUUUUACAAAUCUCUCCCGGAUCCAACUGAGAGCUUUGCAGGUGAUGAGGAGCCAUCCACGAAGGCCGAGCUCCUUAUGAAGUUUUUGGGAUAUGUUGUCAACUCGGUAGAUACAAUUGACACAGAGAAAAGGCGUGCUGCAAAGUUGAUCAUCGAUGAGUUCGAAACACGUUUCCUCCGUGGUCAGAACAUCCAUGCUUUUGCUACUCAUGCUUUAGACAGCGAGGAGCACCCUACAUCUCUCGUCAAGGUUCAGAACAAUUUGAUCAAGAACUACUAUUUGGGUAAGGUCUUUCUUGAUCCGGCAUUUGGUAUGAACCACGAGGAUCUGGGAAAGCCUGCCUUAUACAGGGCAGCACAGGACGGAGAGGCCGAUAUCUUUGCUAUCUUCGGUGGUCAGGGUAACACAGACGACUACUUUGAAGAGUUGAGAGAAAUCUUCAACAUAUAUCACGGUUUGGUGUUUGAUUUCCUCUCCAAAAUCGAAUGCCAGGUCAAAUCCCUUAUUGCAACCACUUCUGAUGCUGACAAGGUUUAUACACAUGGAUUUGACCUCAUUAACUGGUUGGAGGAACCCUCUGCUACCCCAGAUACCCAGCUACUGCUUUCAAUUCCAGUGUCUUGCCCCUUGAUAUGUGCUAUUCAACUUUGCCACUAUCUUAUCAGUUGCAAGGCUUGUGGCAUUACUCCAGGGCAGUUGCGUGCAGUUGUGAAGGGCACUACUGGUCAUUCGCAAGGUUUAGUGACGUCUCUUGUUGUUGCCUCAUCCGACUCCUGGAAGUCGUUUGAGGAAAAUUCCAUGAAGGCUAUCCAAUUUUUGUUCUUCCUUGCUGUCAGAUGCACCCAGGUCUAUCCAAGAACAUCGCUCGCACCAUCCAUGAUGAAUGAUUCCGAGGAUAAUGGUGAGGGAACACCUGGCCCUAUGCUUUCCAUCAGAGACCUCUCCAUCGAUCAGAUCAAUGAAUUUGUUGCGGACACCAACAGACACUUGCCGGAAUCCAAGCACAUAAACAUUUCAUUGGUCAACGGUGCGAGAAAUGUUGUUGUCACGGGUCCUCCCGAGUCUCUAUAUGGUCUCAAUCUGAAUCUCAGAAAGGCGAAGGCUCCGGCCGGUUUGAGCCAGGCCAGAGUUCCUUAUUCUCAGCGUAAACUCUCGUUCUCGUCCAGAUUCUUGCCAAUCACGUCCCCAUUCCAUUCACACCUUUUGACGCCUGCCAAUAAGUUGAUUUUCGAGGACUUCAAACGGGUCGGGCUUUCGUUCUCUAAGGAGGAGAUUGCUAUCCCAGUAUUCGACACUUUCACCGGGGAAGAUCUUCGUGAAUACUCCGAAAGCUCGAUUUCAGAACGAGCAGUGAACUUGAUUACCACCUUGCCUGUUCACUGGGUCAAGGCCACCAACUUCAAGUCUACGCACAUUGUUGACUUCGGACCGGGUGGUGCUUCCGGAUUGGGCGUGUUGACCCACAGAAACAAGGAGGGUACGGGUGUUAGAAUCAUCAUGGCCGGUGCACUAGGUUCAUCUGCCGAUUCGGUGGAAUUUGGACUGAAGCAAGAACUCUUUGACAUCAACCGUGCCUCCUUGAAAUUUGCUCCAAACUGGCUCGAGCAAUACAGACCAAAGCUUUUGCGUACCAAGGCAGGAAAGGUUUAUGUUGAUACCAAGUUUUCUCGUCUUCUCAGCAGACCUCCACUUAUGGUUCCUGGAAUGACGCCAACUACCGUUUCACCCGACUUUGUUGCUGCUACAAUCAACUCCGGAUACCACAUCGAGAUGGCUGGAGGUGGUUACUUCACCAGAUCCAUCAUGGUUGAUGCUUUGAAGCAGGUUGCAUCCAAGAUCAAGCCUGGCUCUGGAAUUGGCAUCAACUUGAUUUAUGUCAAUCCUAGAAUGCUCCAGUGGGGCAUUCCAAUGAUCAAGGAUCUCCGUGAGCAUGGCUUCCCUAUUCAGUCAUUGACCAUUGGUGCUGGUGUUCCAUCUUUGGAAGUUGCCUCUGAGUACAUCAAGACCUUACACUUGAGGCAUUUGGGUUUGAAGCCUGGAUCCAUUGAUGCUAUCAGCCAGUGUAUCAAGAUCGCAAAAGCCUUCCCAGACUUCCCGAUUGUUUUGCAGUGGACCGGAGGCCGUGCCGGUGGUCAUCACUCGUAUGAGGACUUCCAUCAGCCUAUUCUUCAGAUGUACGGCAAGAUUAGACGCUGCUCAAACAUAAUUCUUGUUGCAGGCUCUGGCUUUGGCUCAACUGAGGACACCUAUCCUUACUUGACCGGUUCUUGGUCUCUGAAGUAUGAUUAUCCUGAGAUGCCUUUUGAUGGUAUUCUAUUCGGUUCUCGUGUUAUGGUUGCCAAGGAGGCCAAGACUUCUCCAGCUGCGAAAGAGGCUAUUGCAGCUUGCCCUGGUGUUCCGGAUUCGGAGUGGGAAGCCACGUACAAAAAGCCAACAGGUGGUAUUUUGACUGUUACUUCUGAGAUGGGUGAGCCAAUUCACAAGAUUGCCACCCGUGGAGUUAUCUUCUGGAAGGAGAUGGACAAGACGAUAUUCUCACUUCCAAAGGCCAAGAUGUUGGAGGCUCUGAAGAAGAAGAAGUCUUACAUCAUCUCCAAGUUAAAUGCUGAUUUCCAGAAACCAUGGUUUGGAAGAAAUGCCGAUGGUGUCUGUGAUCUUGGUGAUAUGACGUACGAGGAGGUUGCAACACGUUGUGUCGAGUUGAUGUACGUUAGGAAAUCGAGUCGUUGGAUUGAUCCUACCCUCAGAAACUUUACUGGUACAUUCCUCAGACGUGUUGAGGAGAGGUUUGCUGAUGCUCCAACCACCUCCGUUAUCCAGCAUUUCAAUGAUCUUGAGGAGCCAGACGAUGCUGUUGCCAAGGUGUUCUCCAAGUAUCCGGGUGCCAAGACCCAGAUUAUCAGUGCUGAAGACUGCGACUACUUCAUCAGUAUGUGCUUGAGUCCUACGCAAAAGCCCGUUCCAUUUGUUCCAGUUCUUGACGAGAACUUCGAGUACUUCUUCAAAAAGGACUCCCUUUGGCAAUCUGAGGACCUGGAAGCAGUUGUUGGCGGUGAUGUGCAAAGAACCUGUAUUCUUCAGGGUCCUGUUGCUACUCGCUAUGCUACCAAGGUUGAUGAGCCUAUCAAGACAAUUUUGGACGACAUUCAUGAAGGCCACAUCAAGAAGCUGCUCAAGGAUGAGUAUGAUGAUGAUAUUGCCAAUGUUCCAGUGGUUGAAUACUUUGCCGUUGAUGACCAAAUAUCAGAAGAGCCUAUCAAGCAUUUGAAGAUCAGCCACCCAAGCAAGGGUACCGUUGAGUACUCUGUGAACUCACAUUUGCCAGACAUUGAAAAAUGGUUCAAAGUGUUGGCAGGCAAGGAGUUCAACUGGAGACGUGCAUUCAUUUCUUCUAAGGUGUUUGUUGAGGGAUACAACCAUGCAGCAAAUGCAGCAAGAAAGGUUUUAAAGCCUCACAAGCAUAUGCAGGUUUCUAUUAGCGGGUUGGAUAAGGAUGAUGAGUCUAUCGUGAUUUCGGCAUCUAUUCCGAUCAGAGGUCAGCAACGCGAGGUUGUCAACAUUUCCAGAAGUGGAUCCAAAAUCUUAAUGAAGCUCAUCGAGUCCAGAACGCACGAUGGAGUGCCUGUGGCUCUUGAACUUCUUUACGAUUAUGAUCCAUCGGAUGGAUUUGCUCCAAUUAGAGAACAGAUGUCCGACAGGAACACUAGGAUCAAAGAAUUCUACUGGAAGGUUUGGUUUGGUGCCAAGUCCCCAGUUGACCUUGACUUCUCAGUUGAUUCUACAAUUGAUGGUGGAUCUACUACUAUCAAUCCAAAGGAUAUAGUGGAGCUAACUCAUGCUGUUGGAAACUCCUGCGAGUACUUUGUUCCUAGACCUGACCGCGAGCAGCUCGCUCCAAUGGAUUUCGCUAUUGUGAUUGGCUGGAGAGCUAUCAUGAAGGCCAUUUUCCCUAAGACCGUUGACGGGGACAUUUUAAAGUUGGUCCAUUUGUCGAACUCUUACAGAAUGAUCUCCGGCUCUACCCCAUUGAAGGCUGGUGAUAAGGUUUCUUCCGAUGCAAACAUCGUGUCUGUUAUCAAUGGUCCGACCGGCAAGACUGUCAGAGUCGUUGGACAUAUCUACAGGAGUGGUAAGGAGGUCAUACAGGUUAUAUCCGAAUUCUUCUACCGUGGCCAUUACACAGAUUAUGAGCACACGUUCAAGAAAAUUGUGGAGACCCCUGUUGAGUUGAAGUUGACAACAGCAAAGGAUGUUGCAGUUUUGAAAUCGAAGGAAUGGUUCCACUGUGACUCAGAGACUGCGCUUUUGGGUAAAGUGCUCACCUUCAGACUUACCUCUGUCUACAAGUAUAAGUCUGAGGAUGUUUAUUCGUACGUUUCCACAUCUGGUGCUGUCUGUUACGAGCUCCUAACAAAGGAGGUUAAGAAGGUUGCAAACGUCGAAUACGUCGCUGGUGAGUCUUUCGGCAACCCGGUUAUAGAGUAUUUGUCAAGAACCGGUAAGCCGAUCGAGCAGCCUCUCAUGUUUGAAAACAAGAUUCCGUUAGCUAAAGCAUUGAGGACGAAAUCUCCAGGUUCGAACGAAACUUAUGCUGCUGUUUCUGGUGACUUCAACCCUAUUCACGUCAACAAGGUGUUCAGCUCUUACGCUGAUCUACCAAGCACCAUCACUCAUGGAAUGUUUUCAUCCGCCUCUAUCAGAUCAUUGGUUGAGAUGUAUGCGGCAGAUGGUGUGGCACCUAGAGUGCGUGCGUACACUGCAAACUUUGUUGGUAUGGUCUUGCCUAACGAUGAGUUGAGCACUACUCUAGAGCAUGUUGGUAUGAUAAAUGGACGUAAGAUCAUCAAAAUAGAGACGAAGAAGGUGGAGACAGAUGAAGUCGUCCUCACUGGUGAAGCUGAGAUUGAUCAACCUAUAACGACAUUUGUGUUCACUGGACAGGGAUCUCAGGAGCAGGGAAUGGGUAUGGAUCUUUACAAGACAUCCGAGGUUGCUCGUGCCGUCUGGGAUAAAGCUGACAAGCACCUUAUUGACACAUACGGAUUCUCCAUUUUGAACAUCAUAACAAACAAUCCUAAGGAGUUGACUGUUCACUUCGGUGGUCCAAAGGGCCGUGCCGUUAGAGAGAACUAUAUCUCUAUGCUAUUCGAAUAUGUCGAUGAGAAUGGUCAUCUAAAGUCCGAGAAGAUUUUCAAGGGUAUUGAUGAAAAUACUACGACAUAUACCUUCCGCUCAAGUAACGGUCUUCUUUCAGCUACGCAAUUCACACAACCCGCAUUGACAUUGAUGGAGAAGGCGGCAUUUGAGGAUAUGAAAUCCAAGGGAUUGAUUCCUGAGAAGUGCAUGUUUGCUGGUCACUCUCUUGGUGAGUAUUCCGCUCUUGCUUCUAUAGCAAGUGUUAUGCCUAUCGAGUCCUUAGUGGAUGUUGUUUUCUAUAGAGGUAUGACUAUGCAAGUCGCUGUUCCAAGAGACAAUCUAGGAAGAUCCAAUUAUGGUAUGGUUGCUGUUGACCCAAGACGUGUUGGCAAAUCAUUUGAUGAUGAAGGACUUCGCUUUGUCAUUGAGCACAUUGACAAACAAACAGGAUGGUUGCUUGAGAUUGUUAACUAUAACGUCGAGAACCAACAGUAUGUGGCCGCUGGUGAUUUGCGUGCCUUGGAUACAUUAACAAACACUUUGAAUAUUGUCAAAAUGCAGAAAAUCGAUAUUUCAAAGCUUUUGGAAAUGAUGCCAAUUGAAAAGGUUGCCGAGGAGUUGAGCAAAAUCGUUGCUAAGGUGUCUAAAGACUCGUUAGCAAAGCCUCAGCCAAUCACACUGAAACGUGGAUUUGCAUGUAUUCCAUUGAGAGGAAUAUCGGUUCCAUUCCAUUCUUCAUACUUGAGAUCCGGUGUUAAACCAUUCAAGAGAUUCCUUAUCAAGAAGAUUCCAAAGUCUGCUGUUAAACCAGCAAGCUUGAUUGACAGGUAUAUUCCAAACUUAACUGGUAAGCCAUUCGAACUUACCAAGGAUUACUUUGAGUAUGUCUACAAACUUACGCAUUCAGACAAGAUUAAGGAAAUUUUGGACAAUUGGGAAUCUUAUGAAAAGGCAUAA